CUCCAAUGAAAUAGCAGCAACCUGCGAUUUUGCGAUUUUCUAACAUUCUCUUAAACCGCGUCGUAGCGAAAAGCGAACAGCUAACAGCUUCUCGUCCUUCGCCAUUUCACAUGCAUUCGAUGCACAGUUACCUGCGCAUUGCCUGCUGAUAGCUGCAGCAAUGGCAGAACCACUAUCAGAUCAUGUUUAUUUACCUCCUUUGGAGCCCUGCUUGAAGGGCGAAACUGUCGUCUUAUCGUGGAAGCUACUAGUUUCGGCACUGACAGAUCCGUCUGGUCAUCGGCAGAACAGUUCUGCUGUCGUCGACUAUCUCACCGACCCUCUAGUCCAAUCCUUCUUCACUCAACCAGGCUCGGCCUUCGAACCACCAAGCGAUAAGAGUUCUCACAAUGCAGCGUUUGUUAAAAAAACUGCUGCCAUCCAAGUCACACCCGCCCCUAAUGACAAGUACGACAUCAAUACCAUCAAAGAAGACGCCCUUUGGCUGAGCAAGAACGCUCGUAUUAACGAGAUUGCUGCUCUUCGAGUCGUUGUCAUUGAGUUCCAGUCGCGUCCUCGCAAUCAGCUUCUAGGACCUAUCUCAAACCAAGAUGUCGCGAGCCUCCGCGAAGCCGCUGGCGCUUCGAAUGCGCAAACCACCAAUAUCCUUCCUGGUUUUAAUAUCGUGAGCACGCUCGACGCGGCCGACAUACAGGCAAACUUCGAGAAGUCUGAGAGUAGGAAGCAGCGUAUAUUCCAAACCUAUCUUGAGGAAUCUCGCUAUUAUGCCGCUACAAAUGACUGCAUCUUUACAUUGUUGUUACAGGAAAGCAUGCCCUCUUCACCACCUUCCGAGGCCUCAGAAACAAUCCGAAAGUCUUAUCUCAAAGCAUAUGGCAUGUCCCCUAAGCAGCCUCAGAAAUCUCCCAAUGAUACUCCCACUAAGACCUUCCACGCCCUUGUAAAUCAAUAUCUGGGUCUACUCCCGGAUUCUAUUUCACGCUCUCAGGCUCCCCUCCACACGGUGGUGGAUGACAAGAUCUUAUUGACGGAUGAGCUCAACGAGCAGUGGAUUCAGACGUGGCUCACUGAAGCUCUUCACCGUAUGGUUAUCAUCUUCCAGCUCUUGGAUCUAUCAAGUGAUGUCUUCGUGUCCGCCCAACUCGCUCAGAAUUGGUUUUCGCUAGUCAAUACACUAAGCUUUUUAGAACAGCUCCAGAAUUUCCCAAGAAGCAUAUCAGACUUGGCAGCUCCCCUACAGUGCCUCGUCUGCGUCAUUUCUCUCUCUAUUCUUAAUCUUCCACGGAUGAUGAGUUUCUUCGAGGGGGAUGUAGAAUUGAAUACGGACGACGAAUACCUUGCUACUUCGAGUGUUCUUGAACAUAUCCACGAUGUGCUAGAAGGUCUGGUCGACCAAGGCUCAUUAUAUGUGGCCCCGGUUUUAUUUGCUUGGGUGCCGGUAGUACAUGCGAUGUUCUCCUCAUACCAGGAACGUGCAGAGAGGCGAGAUACAAUUCAAAACGAAAAGGCCGUCGAGAAUUAUGAUUCCGCUACGCAGAUGGUCCCAACUUUGGGCCGGAGGAACUCCGCGGGGAGUAUCACUACAAUUGACAAGCGGAGAUAUGACGACUUUCUCAUCAACAAGAACUUGGACCGUGAUUUCAAACGGGUCCAGGUACUUGCAGUUGUAGCCACGGACAGAGCGAGAGUAUACGAUGUCAUUGCUGCUAUGUCCGCUUGUCUCGGGUCCUCGGACAAUGCGAUAUUUCCGGACUCCGUCGGUUCUCGCAUGAGAUGCACGUUCUUAGACUUACUUCGAGUUACCUAUCCUUUCGUAGGAUAUAAAUCAGAGCCGGUCUACUCCCUAGUAGCCGUGCUAUCUGGUGGCCAAGGUUAUUGGGAUCUCUCUCGAUACCGCACUACCUCGGUGGAGCAAGACGUUAUCACGCUGGCCUUGAAUGACGAGGUUAUUCUUGAAAGCUAUUUCCACCAGGCGCUGAACCGCUUUCCUUACGAAUUUAUCCCAUUCGUUACCCUAUGUCGAACUCUUUACUCUUCGCAUACUAAUGACCAUAAUCGGGAGCUCAUUUUAAAGCUCCUUCAAAAAACGCCAACGCUCACAUUUACUCUACCCGAUGACUUCAACGAUUAUCAACUUGCCUACGAGGAGGAUAAUUCCAACAGCUUUCAAUUCUUAUCGGAUUUUCCCCUUAUUGCCCCGGUAGCAGCCCGGAAACGAAUAACAGCCGAGGAAGAACAUUUUAUAAUACCGGCGGGCACCUAUGGCCGCUUCAUAGUAGACGAAGGCAGAAUUGUGCAAGUGGAAUAUGAACAUUCUGCCCUGGCUCUACUUGGAAAAAGACUGGACGCCAACCUUGCAGCAAACAAGUUUAACUUGGAACUCGGAGAGCUUACUACGGAGGAGACCGCAGAGGCGGUGUCGCUUCUUGCUGUACUGGUUCACACUGAGUGCGUGAAAAAUCAGGCGCUAAAUGAAAACUCUUCAGAAACUCCGGAAACUGCGUUGGCCAUCGUGGGCGAGGCCAGUCGGGCGUUAUCGCGAACUAAAGACAUCAUAUCGGUUGUCUGUGAUACACUAGACCUUCUCAUAGAUGCGGAGCCAGAAAAUAAUGUACUAGCUGCCGUAGCAGCUUGUCUGCAAUUCCUUCACGCUGUUCUACCGAUAUGUCCAGGAAGGGUCUGGUCGUACAUGUCGCGAUGCGCAAUCCUUAGCAACCAAAGUCAAGGUGGCCGACUCGCUAGGCUAGUUGGGAACCUUGAUUUAUCCGAUGUUCGGCUGGAGUUCCUGAUGUCUGCUGUGCGUCUUUUUUCCGAUCUCAUUGACAACGCCAUGGACAGUUCGGUACGGCGUAGAACGGGUGCAAAGACAAACUCUAGGCAAAAGCAAAUUCAGGAUAUAUGGCUAGGAGUUUCGGACAAGAUAGUGGCCCAGAUUUCCUUGUCGAUUGUACGGGCGUCGAUGGACAUUCUGGAGAGUUCCACUACAUGGAGAUUCGCGUCUGAUCUAGACCGCAUGGUCCUCGUACGUGACGUAGUACCGAUCAUGGACAAGGCCAUCUACUACACGUUUAGCAUGGAUGAUAUGAAUUCGAAGACGUUUUUAAUGUCAGCUUUGGAACCAGCCGCUAAGUACGUUUUGGACUGCUUCCUCACGCCGUCAGCUGGGAGUCUUCGUAUUCAGCCGCUCCUCGUGACCCUAGUUGCGGCAACACAACCGUACGGCUCUACUGUGUAUGCGAACAGAUCCGAGGCCUUCCGUGCCCAGACGAAAGCGGUACUUAAACUCGCGAAGAGUCUGGUGAGGGUAGCAAACUUCCUCGACCGGUCUCCGACUACAGUCGAGCACCAGCUAUUUAAAGCAACGCCGUUCGUUGCCCGUGUCUGUGCCUGUCACGAUACCUUCAGAGGACCUGCUAUCGAGCUUCUAGAAGCAUUGGUGAUCAGCUCCGGGAAAAGCACAGGGGAGCCGCCUUCUUUACUUGGAUAUCUUGGUCCCCAAACGUCCCGUUCGUUUCUCCAACUGUUGUCGAUGCUAGACAAGCCUUUUAACCAAGCCGAGGAUGUCAAUGCUAUCUGGCGGUUCUUUUCGACUAUUGUUAGAAACCGGCAACAAUGGAUGGCGAACUGUCUUCUUACAGGAAAAACCCCGCGCGAUGCUAAGAACGGUACUGACAAAGCAGCGGAACCGUCCUCAAAUUCUGUGCUCACUUCUGCUCUCGACAGGCUUAGCUCUAUAUCUGAAAUUGAAGAGUCAGAAGUUCUUUCAAUUUUAGACUUCAUCACCUCCGCCCAAAACUUUUGGCCGUGGACCAUUUUCACCUUACAAAAGAAUACCAACUUCCUAACAGAGCUCCGAAAAUUUGUACGAGACCUUAAGCCGUCUUCUGUUACUUCCAAGUCCGACGUAUUGCGAGCGUGCACCGAAGCACGGAUCGCUGCAUAUGUUGCUGAAAUUUUUGCUAUGCAACUCUUCCACCUGCGACAAAUAGGCCAAGCGGAUGCAUUCGCGAAGGAAUUGACACGCGAUCUAGACUACUACCUACGAGACGGUGUCGCUGUCUCAGGUUAUAAUAGGGGUCUGCAUGUGAAUUUUGCUCGAAAUUUCAGUAACCAGUAUCCUGGCUGUACCCUCGAUAAUUUCAAGAGGACCUUGCUUGAACCUCGGUCUUUAGGAGUUGGUUUCUACUAUGCUCUUUGUUUUGCAGACAGGUUACUUGCGUUCGACCCGGGCUGGGUUGGUCCUCGGAGUAACGGGUUCAGAAGCGAGAUGGAAAAGGCAAACGCUAAUCUGUCACUAGUCGAUGCUCAAAUCAAUUUAUAUCAUGCUUGGGAAUUCCUACUUCUUGAGCUAAGUACCUGCCUGCCAACCAAUGACACUCUAAAGAAGCAAUCUAUCCAGGUUGCCCAGCAAUGUUUAGAGGCGAAUGAAGAGACGCAGAGUCACGACCAAGUCUUUGAGCGCCUUGCCGAAUCGCGUGUAAACUUAGCACUUAUGCUUGUGCAGAGAGUUGUCGACAGCGCUCCAUCCCCUGGCGAUAUCACUCAGCUUUUGACAGCCUUGUGGGGAACAGUCAGUAGCGUUCAGGAGCCGUACGGACCGGAGAACAUUUCGAUAUACCGAACACUUCUCAAGUUAUUAUAUGUCACGUUGCGAGCUCAAGUUCGAUCACUGACAGCGAACGCGUCUUCCGAUAAGCACGGGAGUGCCGUGGCUACGGCAGCCGUCACCCAGACCGUUUUAAGCAUUGUUGAUAUUACCGUCGCCAAGGGAUUCCGAACUCUAGUGUCUUUAGUCCACGAUACGCAACCAAUCAUCACCCCGAACGACUUUGCUCUUCUUAAUGCCAUCCUACAAGCUUGUCUUUGCUUCCCAGGAAUGGAUCAGAAUCAAACGCAGAUUCUCAAUAUCCUAACCGCCCACGACGUCGUGCAGGCCGCAGUCUCGUUGUAUUCAUGGGCCGACAAGAUAGCCGACCAAGGUGAUCCUAUAUACGGGGAGCUAUCAAUACUCUUCUUAUUGGAAUUAUCCACUUUGCCGCUGGUGGCAGAACAACUAGCAUGCGAUGGCCUACUCAACCAUAUCACGACGGCCACGUUGGCCAGUUACCUCCGGCGGUCGAACGUGAAGCCCUUCGCCGACUCGGUUGGAUUACAACGGUGCUAUAGUAUAUGGGCUAAAGGGAUUGUGCCUCUACUUCUCAAUAUCUUGACGGCUUUGGGUUCUACGAUUGCCCCUGAAGUCGCAUACGUACUCAACCAAUUUCCCAAUCUCAUGCGAUCCAGCGUUGAUAGGUUUGAGCCGCCCAGCGAUAGUCGAAGGCGAGACCGCGGGGAUCGCGACUAUAUCACACUUCUAUCGGUGUCUGAGAUUCACUCUUUAGCUCUGAUGACCCGCGUGCUGGGCGCCUUGCGUGCUAAUAAUGCGAGGGAUGUACCAGCAGUCGAGUGGGACUCAGCGACGCUUCAAGAGAGCGUUGAGUUCUGGAUAGAUCGUCGGAAACUCCUAAGAGAGAGGCUGGUGACAUUGGGGCCACGCGAAGCGGAGUGGAGAAGCAUGCCGCCGUCGGAGCGGAAUAAGGGUAGAGGAUUCGAGAACAAGCUUGAAGAAAAAGUUGCAGAGCAGUUGGAGCUCGUGCGAAUCGUACUAGGCGAGGGUUUGGAAUAACCACGGCAUUUGGUAGGAUAGGGGCAGAUAACUAGAAUCAACGGCGCUUGUCCUUUUGCCUAGGUACCUACCUUAGGUACCUAGUAGGUAGUUAAGAAUUCACGAUGCUUGCAACAGUGUUUCGUAUUAAUCAAUUACAAACGUUAUACACA